UCUUACAAAGAUUAUCUUAAAAAGAGAGUCAUAAUGGUUCUGAGUCUUCGAAAAGAAUUUCGAGUUAAAAACUUUGGAUUUCAAGAUGUUCAUAUAGGAAGAUUUUGUACAUUUCAGUGGCGACUACCUGGUUCUAUAUUUUUAAUCUAUCGAAUUGUAAUUGCCAUAUAUGUCAUAGUCUGGUUGAGUCUUACGGCUAAUGAUUCAUCAGGAGGUUUUCUAGGUUCCUUGUCAUGGGGAGCUUUUCUUACCAACUGGACCUACAUUCUUCUGACUUUGUAUUUUACUUACUAUGCAGUGUUAACUAUCAUUGUGUAUUUAGCAAGAUGGAGGUCUCCCAGGAAUUUGUUCAGACGACAGCAAAGUUCAGAACAUUGGCAGUUGUUUAGUGAAAUGUCUGCCAAUGGUUAUGAGGAAGUUCCAUCUGAUGGAGAAGUUUCUGCAGUUACCACUUAUACAAGAUCGCCAGUACCUUGGUAUUAUGCAAUAGUCUGGAUACUAUUAAAUGCAGCUAGUGUGGGAGCAAUUAUGGUGAGUCUUGUUUUUUGGGCUAUACUUGUACCAGGUUCAAAUUUGGGCCAAAUGACAAACAGCAAUAUUCAGCUUCAUCUGAUCAACAGUGUUCUAAUACUUAUAGAGCAUGCUGUCAUAGCCAUUCCUAUUAGACUGUUGCAUGUUAUUUAUCCAUUAAUAUAUGGUGUUAUUUAUGUAUUUUUUUCUGUCUUUUACUGGGUUGAUGAUCAUAGCCAUGUCAUGUAUGAGAUCUUAAAUUGGAAUAAUCCUGGUCCAACCAUUGGCUUUGUCAUUCUCAUCGGAUUUGUGAUCAUACCUAUCAUCCACAUCCUUAUAUACUGUUUAUACAGAUUGAAAAUGAAUAUUUUUCAUCGUUAUUGUUAGCAAAAUAUUUAUUUAUUUAUUUAAAUAUGAAACGAAAAGGUUAAUUUCUAAAAGUUUUAAAUAUGUUUUGGUUGUCUUCAAAUUAAAGUAGAAAAUGUUAAGUUGAAAUGAAUUAUACACCUUAGAAAUUCUUGUUUUUAAUUUUUAAAUCAUAACUUUUGAUAUUGUAAUGAGUAAUAUGAUUCUAUUUUAAUUGUGCAAUAAUAUUUUGGUAGUAUUUUUAGAACGGCCUUUCUAGACAUUUAGCUACAAUAAGCAUUAGACUAAAGUGUCUGCAUUUUUAAAGUUGUUUGUGAUCAAAUGAAAUGAGUCAAAAGUUGGGACAAAAUGAGCUAUUUAGUCAUUUCUUAUAUUAAGUGAUAUAAAUUUUCCAACAUAUCAUUUAAAAAAGUAAAAUAGAAAAAAAAGUUAUAAAGUUAUUAUUCCUUUUUCAUUAAAAAUACGUUUGUAAUUUAAAAUAACCAGUGCAAACAAAUUUCAAAAUGCUAAAACUUGGCAAAUUUGAAAUCAGUGGAAAAAAAAUCAGCAUCAAUGAAUCUAAUUAUUUCCUCUUUUCUAACUAGAUAUUAGUUUUGUCAACUUCUGUACCAUGUUUUACUGUGCCAUUUUCACUUUUUAUAAAAUUCCAAUACCAGUACAAACUUUAAAAUAUUGUUCUGUUGUUGUUGUUUUUUUUAAUGCCAUUUCUUGCUAUACAUUUGACUUGUACAUAAAGACAUUGUGAAUUUUUAAAUGAACAUUUUUUUUCAUUUUACUUGUACUUUAAAUAAUUUUUCUCACCAAAAACUCUUUAAUCAGAUUUGUUGUUAAAAUAAAGAGAAAAAUCUUGGUAUGAAGCUUGGAAUUCUAUUUUAAAAAAGUAAAAGAAACAUUACUGACAAUUUAAAAUGUUUCAAAAUUUAAAAAAAAAAACUUCUUCUAUAUGUAUGUUUUUAAUGUAGAGAUUCAUAUGUUUUGGCAAAAAAUUAUUUAACAAAUGGUUAUUUGAGGAUGUAGUUGUCAAGCAUAAUGGUCAAGCUUCUUAAUUUUCUCAACAUCAGCAGACCAUUGAAUGUAAGUUUACCAUGGAUGGUCUUCUCAUUCUUUAUCAGAUCAAUAGUACCCUACAUGCAUGUCAUUCAAGCUGUGGGUUGCUUGCAUAUAGCUGUGUAUUCUUAAGCUGCCCCUAGCUUUGAUAUUUCAUUUUCUGUUACAAUUAACCAAUGUCUUAUACACUGAAUUCUUUAGUCAUUUUUAAACAAUUUUUUUUUUACUGUAGUUUUAUUUACGUUGAUUUAAAAUAAAAGCAUUUCAUUGUAGCCAACAUAUAUUUAAAUUUAUGAAUGUUACUGAAACAAAACUUUGUUUUUCCAUGUUUGUUUUUCCAUGUUGGUUCAUUGAAUGGGGUGAUUCCCUACACUUUUUUUUUAACUCCACUGUUUUUUAUUGAAAAGCCUGUACCUUCUAAUAAAAAUUAUGGCUUUUAUAUAGCGCUACUUUCAUACGUAUAGCAUGCUCAGAGCGCUUUGGUCUAAUCUCAGUUGUGGACCAGUGGGGGGUAGGGGGUAUCUAGGAGAAUGUUUUUCCAUGCUGCCUUCAGGCACCUCAAGCCCCCUUCAUAGGUAGCCAAGCCAAGUUCAAGCGCACUUAGCCUCUCGACCACGCUUCCCACUGAUUAAUUAAUUAAUGUUAUAAUGCUGAUACAUAUUUAAUGCUGAAUUUGAAUAAUAAUUUAUGCAAUGUGGAUACCUUAUACACUUUUUUCUUCUGAGCCAUGGUUUUACUGUUACAUAUAAUGCCUCAGAUUGUCUGCCAUUUGGAUGAUGUCUAUACAUUUGAUUGGUGUAAGGAUUAGGAUAGGAAUUUAGGAUUACAUUAGAGACGCUAUUAAUUAUAGUUUCAGGACUUAAGUUUAUAAAAAACUUGUAAAAAUAUUGGAUUUUGAUGCUGAGGUCUCUACUUGACAGUUGUGUCUAAAAGUUGUAUGUAUUGCUUGAGAUUUAGGUCUAAUAGCUGUAUGCAGUACUGCUAAACAAUCACAUUGUACUUGCCAUACAAUAUUUAAUAAUAGCGAAUGAGGUCAUUGUUAUCAUCAGUCAUUUAGAAAUGUGGUACAGCAGUGAUUCAACAUUCCCAUAAUGCCCAAUAUCCACUGCCUAAUUUGUCUUUCAAAGUUUUUCACAUUAUUUUCAGAAAAAUAUAUUAGUUGUUUAAAUCAUAUUGUGACAAAUAUUAUUAUUCAUUUGAAAAAUACAUGACAACUGUACUUUUUUUUUUUUUUUACUAGAUUUCAAUGACAUUUAGAAACAAUAGAUUUCAUAUAUUUAUUUUUAUCAUUGUCCUAGUAGUAGAUUAUAUAGCUCAGAAAUAGGGGCAACAACUGCUUUUCAUCUUCAGAAAGUAAACAGUUUUGUUUUAAAUACACAAAUGUUUUUUAUGUAAUGUUUUUAAAACAAGAUUUUAAUGUAUAGUAUAUAUUACUGAAUAUUGUGAAAGGUGAAGAUCAUACAACUGCUGUCUUCUGUCACAUAUGUGUGUAAAUAUGAAAAUAUAUAUAUAAGUUUUUGUGUUUAUGAAGUGACUAUUAAAAAAAAUUAAGUACACUUUGUCAUAAUAGGUACAACAACUACUUAUAGUGUUCUCAAAGCCUCCAUGUUUAAAAAAAACAAUUAAAGUAAGAAAUUUGUAUUUUCAUACAUAUAGGUCUACAUGUAAAAAAAAAAAAAAGUAAACUGUCAGUUUGUGUAUAAUGUAAUAUACUGUAUUACGAGAUGACAUGAUGGUCCCAAGUUUCAAUGUAGCCUACUGCCAUCCUACAGGAGGCUAGGUUAGGACAUAAUAGUCUUCAUUUAUAAAGGAAUCUUAUCUUAUAUAAUAUAGAAGUUACUUUAAAAAAGUAGAUGAUUACGUGUCUGAAUGUCUAAAACUUAAAAAAAAACAGACCUUAAACAAAAGUGAAAUUGAGUUGUAAUUUUAAAAAUAUGUUUCUAUUUAUUUUAUUUUACUAACAGACUUUAUAUUAUAAAGGAGUUCAGAAGUAUACAUGAAUAUAUUAGAGAUUUUUUAAUUCUAAAUAUGAUUUUAUCAAAUGUAUGUUAGUUGUUGAUUUUUUUAUGUGAAUGUAUUGAUCAUCACUUGAUGUUUCAAUUUUUUUUUUUAUAAAAUGUUGAUUAUCUUUUAAAGGAGAUGGUUGAAAUAUGAGAUAUAUUUAUAUCUAAGAUCUGAAAUCUAAUAAAGCCUUUAUGUUGGACUUAUCACUUUAACUGGGCUUUUGCUAAUUGUUUUGAAAUAGACACUUGAUUCCAGUAAGAAUGUUUACAUUGAAUAAAAAAAAAAAUCAACAUUUUUUUCCAAUCACCUCAUGUGUACAACUUUCACAAGCUGAUAUUAUUUCGUUUGUUUAUUGGCUUUUUAUUAAGCAUCACAGAAUAAAAAUGUGUAAAAUCAUCAAAUAAUUAAUUUAUAUUAAAAGAAAUUUUAAAGAAUUAAUCAUCUUUUUACUGGUAAGUUUUUUAAUGUUUAAAAUAAAUAGAUCUUUUAGUGAGCAUUAUUAAUAGGCCUACACUUUGAUGAACUUUUUAAAAACAAAAUACUCAAGUAACAAAUUAAAAUGCUUGUAUUUAUUUUAUGGUAACUCAAACUUUAAAAAAAAUGAUGUUUAUGUAUUAUUAUUUUUGUUAUUUAAAAUCUUGAGAUUAUUGUCUUUUGUUCAAUUGUUGUAUAUUUUUGUGGGGUGUGGUGUGGGCAUCUUUUGAAAAAAAAAAGUCACAAUUUUACUAUGAAUCUUUAAAAAAAAAAAAUUUUAAACAAAAAAAUAGUUAGUCAUAUUUUAAAAAAAAAGAUGGGCUUAGACUGUUACAGAUGAUUAUCAAUCUUUUUUGUUUUAUUUUCUCUAAAUAUGCAUUUUCACCAUUUGAAUGAUUUGUCAGGUAGUGUCAAAUCUAUAUGUAUGAAUGUUAUGAAUAUAUUAUGACUUGAUUGUCAGCCGGACUUUUUAAAAUCAAUUUAAAAAUUAUUUUUUUUCAUAUUUUAAAAUGUUUUGAUUGCAAUCCCCUAAGGGUGUACAAGUUUUACAAAGAUAGAUUCACUCGGGUAUGUCAAAUACAUUUCCCUCUUUCAAAAAAAAAAUAUUAAUAAAAGCAUAAGUAUACCCUU